AUGCCUACAUAUCUGGUCGCGGUGCCAGGCGGGCGUAUGCCAAUACCCGCUCUUCCGCACAGCCACCGGUGCGCAAUUCGCCCGGUCGCGCUGUGCGACUCCCGCCCACACCCGCGGGGCUACGACGAGACGCUGCUGUGGAAGAGUGUUGGCGCCAAGCGGUACGUGAUUCUGCGAUUCGACCGGUUUGUCUUUGUGGCUUGCGAGGACAAGACAGAGCUUGAGAAGGCGGUUGCCACCUCAACGCGUUAUUCGAAUCGUAGUGGGAGUCGGACAAGUACAGCUGUCCCGAUGGUACCUCCCCACCAAUCCCAGCAAGAUAUGCAAUAG